GGCACCCUGCACGAGGAGAUCUGGCUGCGCCGCCCACCUGGCUUCACUGGGUCGUUCCCUCCUGGUACCAAGUGGAGCCUCCGUAGGCCGGUCUACGGUCUCCGCCAGGCGCCACGUGAGUGGCACGACACACUGAGGACUAAUCUUGCUGCUCUUGGGUUUGCUCCUUCUACUGCUGACCCGUCGCUGUUUCUACGCACCGACACCACACUGCCGCCGUUCUACGUUCUCGUGUACGUAGACGACUUGGUCUUUGCUACUUCUGACACUGAGGCACUCGCCCACGUGAAGUCGGAGCUGCAGAAGAGACACACGUGCACAGACCUGGGUGAGCUGACAAGCUAUCUUGGCUUGCGGAUCACCCGGGACAGAGCACAGCGCACCAUUACCUUGACUCAGUCACACAUGGUGCAGCAGGUCCUUCAGCGCUUCCGCUUCACGUACUCCUCGCCUCAGCCCACUCCUCUGCCUACCGGUCACUCGCUCUCAGCUCUGCCUUCGGAUGAGUCCGUAGAGCCGAGUGGCCCGUAUCCAGAGCUGGUGGGCUGCCUCAUGUACCUGAUGACCUGCACUCGACCUGACCUAGCCUACCCUCUUAGCAUCCUAGCACGCUAUGUCGCUCCUGGCCGUCACCGGAAGGAGCACAUGGAUGCCGCUAAGAGGGUGUUGCGCUACUUGUGCAGUACGUCGGGCAUGGGGCUUGUGCUUGGAGGACGGCGCGACGUUGUCCUCACUGGACACUCAGACGCUUCUUGGGCUAACGACCAGGCUACUCAGCGGUCGUCUCAGGGUUACACCUUCAGCCUUGGCUCUGGCUCAGUUUCUUGGCGUUCUACACGCUCUUCCUCUGUUCUCAGCUCCAGUUGUGAGGCUGAGAUCUACGCCACAGCCAUGGCUGCCCAGGAGCUACGCUGGCUCACCUACCUGCUGACCGACCUCGGAGAGCGGCCUAGUUCUCCUCCAGUGCUGUACGUCGACAACAAGGCAGCCAUUGCCUUGUGUGAGGAGCACAGACUGGAGCACAGAACGAAGCACAUCGCUCUGCGCUACUUCCUCGCUCGAGAGCUGCAGCAGCGUGGUCAGCUUCGUCUGCGUUACGUGGCCACUCGGGCCAACACUGCUGACGUGUUCACCAAGGCACUUCAGCCUUGUGACCAUCAACGUUUCUGUACUGUUCUAGGCCUUGUGCCUACUCUCCCUCACCUGCUCACUUCUUGA